AUGAAUUCUUCAAUAUCUUCUUUCACUGUCUUCAACAUCUUCUCUCGAAUCUUCAACUUUAAUGACUUUACUCCUAUAGAACAUAACUUAGACAUCAAGCGAUUGGCACCAGCGUGCCUCGCUUUUAGUCUGAUCAGUCGCAUCUUUCUUCCAGCUCUAAACGUGCAGUACAAGAAUCUAGUUGAGCAAGGGAGGCUGCAACAUGAUCCAUAUCAGGAAAAAGUUGCUUUGGAAUUGGAAAAUCUACUUGGGAGGUUGGACCUGUAUGAGAAAGAUAUGGAGGAAUACCAUGAAAACCUAGCCAAGUGGGAGAAGAGCAGGGAAGAUGAACGACAAAAACUUUUGAUGGAGGAAGCUCAGCACAAACAGCAGGGGGGUGUGUGGACAACUGUAAACAAGAAUCGGAAUAGACUUAUUGAAAAAUUGUUAUCAUGGAAAAAACCUAACAGUGUAGAACCUGGAGUGGGGGAAUGGGUUUCAUAUCUAAAUCAAGAGAAGAAGUUGGAUGUGCUAGUCGGUCGCCGUCCAGUUGCUUCUCCAUCUCCUAAAGGACUUUAUCUUUAUGGAAGUGUUGGAAGUGGGAAGACAAUGCUUAUGGACAUGUUCUAUAGUGCCACUGAAGGAAUUGUUAAACAUCAAAAAAGGUUUCAUUUUCAUGAAGCUAUGCUUGAAAUACAUGAACAUAUGCAUAAGAUAUGGAAGAAUCAAGUGGCAGAGAAGUCCUUGCAGUCAGGCAUUUCUAGCUGGAUUAUGAAUCUUGGCUUUGGCACAAAAGUUAAAGAAUGGUUGGCUGCAGAAGAAAGGUAUAAUCAAGAGGUAAAGAUGGAAAACAUUCUUAGCGCUGUAAGAUAAAUAGCAGAUAAAUUUUUUAUAGAUUGGCAAGUGAAUCAAAGAGGAGCAAGCAUUCUUUGCUUUGAUGAGAUACAGACUGUUGACGUAUUUGCUGUUGUGGCCUUAUCUGGCAUUGUGAGCGGAUUGUUGAGUACCGGCACUGUUCUUCUGGCUACGAGUAAUCGAGCACCUAAGGAUUUAAAUCAGGAUGGCAUGCAGAGGGAAAUCUUCCUAAAAUUUGUUGCAGAAUUGGAGAAGCACUUGUUGAAAGGCAAGGGAAAGAUUAGCCAUCUCACGAGUACAGGUCCUAAACCAGGGGAUCCUAUGUUUGAAGCAUGGGAUGAAGAAGACUCUUUGAUCAUGGUGUGGUUGUGGAAUUCCAUGAUUCCAGAAAUAAGUGACACAUGCAUGUUUUUGGUUACUGCAAAGAACAUCUGGGAUGCAAUUCAGCAAACCUAUUCCAAAGCUAAUGAUGCGGCACAAGUGUACGAGGUCAAGGAUAGGGUGUAUGAUUUUCUGGUUGGACUUAAUCCAGAAUUUGAUCAAGUGAGGAUACAAAUUCUUGGGAAGCCAGAGGUUCCAAGCUUUAACGAAGUAGGGGCUAUAAUCCAAAGUGAAGAAAGUAGAAGAGGGUUGAUGCUUGAACCCCAAAUCACUGAUAGUUCGGCUAUGGUGGCUAGUGUUAACAAUAAAUCAGCCACAAACAUGGAGAGAGGAGCAACACUUGAAGGAGAAAAAGGUGGCCAGCCGAAAACCCAAAAUCGUGACGGAUUAUGGUGCACUUACUGCAAGAAGUCUCGUCACACCCGUGAAAAAUGCUGGAAACUUCAUGGAAAGCCUCCAAGCCGAGAAUGGGGCCAAAAAGGAGGACAACCACGGAACAAUGGACAAGAGCUGAGUAGUUUGAACCAAGAAGAGAUUGAGAGGCUGAGAUCACUUAUCAACAGUCUUGGAAAACCUGAAGGAUCUCCAGGGGAUGAUGCUAAGGAGAAACAGGUCUUGAGUCAAUAUUUGGCUAAAGAGUUUGAGAUUAAAGUGUUAGGGAGACUGAAGUAUUUUCUCGGGAUUGAGGUUGCUCACUCUAGGCAGGGAAUUUUUAUCUCUCAACAGAAGUAUGUCAUAGAUCUUCUCAAGGAAACUGGCAAGACAGCAUGCAAACCAGCAAGUACUCCCAUGGAUUCUAAUCUUAAACUUGGAAAAGCCGAGGAGGAUGUUGCAGUAGACAGAGAAAUGUAUCAACGCCUGGUAGGAAGACUUAUUUAUUUGUCUCACACGCGAUCACAUAUAGCAUAUGCAGUGAGUGUGAUUAGUCAGUUUAUGCAUAGCUCGAAGGAAGUUCAUUUACAAGCAGCCCAUAGAGUAGUACAGUAUCUCAAGGGAACACCAGGGAACGGUUUCGUGUUCAGAAGAAAUGGAGGAUUGGUACUUGAGGCAUACACUGAUGCUAAUUAUGCUGGAUCAAUUGUUGAUAGAAAAUCAACCUCAGGAUAUUGCACCUUUCUCGGUGGGAAUCUUGUGACAUGGAGAAGUAAAAAACAAAGUGUGGUUCACUUUUUGUGGCCUUUGGAUGGUGCUGCUUGUAAUGAAUUUGAGAAAAUUUUGGAUGAAGUAACCAACCAUCAUGGGGGAGGAAUUAUCUCUCGCGCUAUUCCUGUGAUGUUUGGAAGUCAUUACCUUAAUGCUCAUUGUCAUCCGGUUGGAGCAGCAGACUACAUUGCAUUGGCAAAAAACUACCAUACUGUCUUUAUAUCUGACAUUCCUGUGAUGAGUAUGCGUAUUCGUGACAAGGCACGGAGGUUUAUCACCCUCGUUGAUGAGUUAUACAAUCAUCAUUGCUGUCUAUUUUGUUCUGCAGCGUCUUCUAUUGACAAUCUCUUGCAGGGAACUGAAGAGGGAGCGCUUUUUGAUUUAGUGAGUUUUCAGUUUGAAACGGAGAUAGAAGGUGGGAAGCUUGGCAAAAAUGUUUUAGCAGAAGGCAAUGUGAGCUCCGGUGAUGAAGCAGCUGGUAUAAUAUCCAUACUAUCAGGUCAAGAAGAGAUGUUUGCCUUCUGUCGUGCAGUAAGUGGUUUCUGUUUCUCUGUAUCAGCAGAUAUUGAAGAUAGAGUUUUGCUUUACCAUGAUGGAUGCGGCUUGAAUGAUGGUUCAUGAGAAUUUGAAUUGCAUCCAGUUUUAAUUGAUUAAUAAUUCCUGAUUUUGACC